CGCCCUCUGUUGGAGAUGUGCGCAGAUUGGAACUCUGCGUGUUCAGCGCUCUGCGAGUCAUCACGCGUUAAGUGCGCGCGAUGAGUCCAUAUCCUGCCUCUGGGGGGACAAACCCYGACGAAGUUGGCGGUGUUCCAGUGAGCGGACAGGUGGCUGUCAUCAUCCGCGCGCGCUGAUUCAACAGGAAGUGCGCAGACUCUUCAGAAAACUACAGCCGAACGCAGCCGGAGCGGAAUCCAAAGUGACUUUUGGAGUGACGCUCGAGCCAAACACGGAGACAGACAUCCUGUGUGUAUAUGAAUGUGUGUGUCUGUAUGCAUGUGUGUGUGAUCCGACCAGACAAGGUGAAAGAGACAGAGAGAGCAGCAAUCCGACUGCUUCAAGUUGAAUUUUUCCAGCGGAGAGUUUUCCUCCGACGCAGAAAUGGAGAUUUGGAAGCGCAACGGAUUCACAUUAGUUGGAMUUUACCUGUGGGCAUCAUGCUACCAAGGAUGUGACGGAGGCGUGCACCAGAGGAAGCUGUACCACGACCUGAUGGUAAACUACAAUCGACUCGAGAGGCCAGUCCAAAACGACUCCGCGCCCAUUGUGGUGGAGCUCGGCCUGACGUUGCUCCAAAUUAUUGACGUGGAUGAGAAGAAUCAAGUGUUAAUCACGAAUGCGUGGCUGCAACUGUACUGGACAGAUAUUUACUUGACAUGGAACCCGGAGAAGUACCCCGGAGUUCAGAACCUUCGUUUCCCAUCCAAUCUGGUUUGGGUCCCAGAUAUCCUCCUGUACAACAGUGCCGAUGAGAGGUUUGAUGCUACGUUUCAUACAAAUGUCCUGGUGAAUUCUUCCGGGUUCUGUCAGUACCUCCCGCCAGGUAUCCUGAAGAGUACGUGCUACAUCGACGUGCGGUGGUUCCCUUUUGAUGUGCAGAAGUGCGACUUGAAGUUUGGCUCCUGGACCCACAAUGGCUGGUUACUGGACCUCCAAAUGUUGGAGGUCGACAUCUCGACCUACAUACCCAAYGGAGAGUGGGACCUUGUAGGGGUUCCAGGAAAGCGCAACGAGCUGUACUACGAGUGCUGCAAGGAGCCGUACCCAGACGUGACGUUCACAGUCACCAUGCGCCGCAGGACUCUGUACUACGGCCUCAACCUGCUCAUCCCCUGCGUGCUCAUCUCUGGCCUAGCCAUGCUGGUGUUCCUGCUCCCCGCUGACUCUGGAGAGAAGAUCUCACUGGGCAUAACGGUGCUGCUCUCUCUGACAGUGUUCAUGCUGCUGGUAGCAGAGAUCAUGCCUGCCACUUCAGACUCUGUUCCUCUGAUUGCUCAGUACUUUGCCAGCACCAUGAUGAUUGUGGGCUUGUCUGUGGUGGUAACUGUCCUGGUUCUUCAGUUUCAUCACCAYGAUCCUCGAGGAGGGAAGAUGCCUAAAUGGGUCAGAGUCUUCCUGCUCAACUGGUGUGCUUGGUUCCUUCGCAUGAAGAAACCCGGAGAAGAAGGCAAAACAGCUGUGAACUCGGCUAACCCUCAGACUUACAAAUACUCCCACUCCCCCCCUCACCACACCAGCACCAGCAGUAUCCAGAUGAGCACCAUUCCGGGGCAGGCCUCCACUCAGUCCACUACAACAAACGGCAACAUGAACCUUUACUUCGGCUACCACGCGAUGGGCACAGAUAACCCUGCUUUCCCACCGAGCACUGAUUCAGGACUGAUGAUGUCCGGCAGCAGCGGCAGCAGCRGYGGCGGUGGCGGCGGCGGAGGAGGAGGAGGGAACCACCACAGCAGCUCCUCGCAGCCCGACAUCCACUCGGACCAAACGCGGACUUUGUUGGUGGAACAGAUUCCCGAAAUUUCACGCAUCCUGGAGGAAGUGCAGUACAUAGCGAGGCGCUUCCGGGACCAGGACGAAGGCGAGGAAAUCUGCAGCGAGUGGAAGUUCGCGGCGGCCGUCGUGGAUCGGUUGUGCUUGGUGGCGUUCUCGUUGUUCUCCAUCAUCUGCACCUUCACCAUACUCAUGUCAGCUCCCAAUUUCAUCGAGGCAGUGUCCAAAGACUUCGCAUAAAGCUGCUCUCUUUCCUGACUGGAAAGCAAAGGAGAGGAAAAGCAACAGCUUAGARUCUUAACAUAAUUGGGUCCGUUCUUCACAAGAAUAAUUUCCACUGUGUAAAGCUUCACAAGUUGUUUUUUUUUUUCAGAUCUUUUGUAAACCAGGUCUCUACAGAUGUCUCAGUGUAUUUGAUCAGGAUGACGUGUUUUUCGUUUCCUUCUUGGUAGCUUUUCUGGCAAACGUCUUCCAUCAGAGAAGCACAGCUACAUGUUAAAGUUAAUGACAUGAAAACACUGCAAUGCACUUUUCAUCAAUACCCCUGACGCACCACCUUGUUUAGCUGCCACCACUUCAGCUUCAUGUCUCAUCAGUAGAGUCCCUCACGCUCUCUUCUCUCUCUGACACAAAUCCCAUUAUUCCUCCCAUCCUCUCGAAUAUCUUUAAGAACUGUGAAUACAUUUCCUCUGCAGUUUCACAUGAAUCAGUUUAAAAUUACAUUUUGGUUUUAGUCUGGUGCAUAUUGUAAUGCUAGAUUUUUGUAUUCAUAUAUCAUUUUAAACUUUGAAAUGUGGWUUUAUUGGGGUAAAAUAAUAUUUUAAAAUUAGUUGUAGAAUUUAGCCUUAACAUACAUUUCAUUCUUUUAUUUAGUUUAGCUUUUUAUGCUAAUACUUCUGGUGAUUACCUAAUUAAAUUAUAAUGUACGACCACAACAGAGCACAGUAAAUAUAUCAAAUGAAUUAAGUGGCGUUGUACAUACAAUAUGAUGUUAAAAUGUUGUCAAAUUCUUGUUUAAUUUUGGAGGUUUUUCUGUACCAAUUGUUAAAUACUUCAAAAUAUUUCAUUAAAUACUUCAAAAUAUUUCAUAAAAAAUAUGUAUUUGGCUACUUCUACAUGUCACUUACACUACAGUCUCUCAUUUUUUCUAACCAAAAAACAUUUCAAUCCAUUUUUCUCAUUACAGUAAUGAAGUUUUAGAAGCAAGUAAUAGUUAAUUGAAAUCGUUUUAGUUAAGUUUUUUUAAUCUGUGAAACUUUUCCAAAGAGGAUUUUUCAAUGUUUUAUUAGCUUCUAUAUCUUGUGCUGACUCUGUAUAUUUUGUGCAGUUCAUUACUUACAUCUGCUCACAUUGCAUAUAUAUCAUAUAUCAUAUAUCCUUCAAAAGUUUGUGUGUUUUUAUUGCAGUAUUCUGAUAGAAACUCAAAGUGACAAGAGAAAAUUAAAGUACGGAGACCGAGGGGACAACACCCCUGCUGAAGCAUCCUAAUCUUUUGUAGCACUCGUUUGUUUUUGUGUGUGUUUGUUUUCACUSUCUAAUGCUCAGCAAAAGACAAACACUUCUCUGUAAUCUCUAGAAGCAACAUGCAACAGGGAUUACUGGGUGACUUGAUGUAACAGAUUUGUGUUCAGCCUCAUCACCUUUCACCAUUCAAGCGUCCUCUCUGAUCCUCAGACUCGAGUGAAAUCCUAUUUUCUUGCACAGAGGUGAACUGAAGAACUGAUGAGUGAUUAACUGGACACCGAGGAGGAAAUGAAGUUCAUUCMCCUUCAUUAGGAGCCAACAGCAGCUGCAGCAGCAGCUUUGUAACUCUGUUAAUGACAGAUUUGUUUAAAAAUGUAGCUGCAAAAUUGUGAAAUGUUCAUCUUUUUUUUUCAUACAGUUCAACAAUCUGGUCAUCUUUAAAGUUUACCAAGUGAAAUGAUGUUUACUUUUGUAAAAUGUCUUGAAGCUGUGCUACAGAUUCCACUGUUGCAAUGUAAAGGAAAUGAUCACUCUUGUUUCUUCUGAGGAACAAUAAAUGAAAACCUGUGAGGUAAAAUGUGCAGGUACCAGCAGAGGCUUCAUCUGUCACUGCCAUUUUGCUGAAGGGAUGAAGAUAUGGUGUGGU